CAAUAAUUAAGGGAAGAUUAAUGCGUGUGAAAACCUCCCGAGUAGAAAACUGAUCACGAAAUUGUCAUGCCCGGCCGGGCCUAUAUAAUCAGCUCAUUUACUACAACCCAUUUCAUCAUAUUCAACCGACACAAACAUUAUUAACAUACAUACACAAUUUGAUUACUAUUUCUUACUUUUUGAGAGAGAAGAGUAUAGCCAAAAAUGAGUCAACAGAGAGUGGAAGUGGUAGUAGUUAUAGCAUUAUUAGUAAUGUUGAUAGAGUUGGCUUGGAGCUCGGACGGGGCACAACCUUAUUAUUGGAUGGAUGCAACAGCAGCAGCAGCAGCGCCGGCGCCAAGCCAGCCAGUCCAACCCCAAUGCAACAAAGUAGUGCAGCAGUUGACUCCGUGCCUCCAGUACGUGAGAGGGAAAGAGCCAAAGCCCUCGAAGGCAUGCUGCGAUGGGGCCAAGCAGCUGAGUGAGUCUUCUAAGUCCAAACCCGACAGGCAAGCUGCUUGUAAUUGCAUUAAGCAAGCUAUUGGUGGUCUGCCUGACAUUGACACUUCUCGAAUUUCUAGUGUCCCAAAAGAGUGUGGCAUCAAAUUCGAUAUGCCCCCCAUCGAUCGUAACUUCGACUGUUCUACGAUUAAGGUUAUGUAGGGAUGUUACUUAAUAUAUAUCUAUGAUAUUGAGAUAUAUAUAAAAGAAGAGCUCGAAGAUAUAUAUAUAUAUAUAUUGUACCAGAUAAGAGAACUGCAUAGAAUAAAUUGUGGCCAGGGUUUCUAUCCAUACAUAUUAAUGUACUGACCAGUCUUUAGUUUUAUGAAUUAUAAUUAAUAAUGUCCUUUUGUGGGAACUAUUUAUCAUAUUAAUCAAUGAAAUUAUGUUGAUCGAUCUUA